GUAGUUUGCAGCUUCUUUUAUCUUCUCCAGUAUUCCUCUUCUUCUCUUUCUCCCAAGAACUAAAAAGCCAGAGCAACAAUAAUGGCUUCUACUUCGGCAGCUUCUCUAUCUACGCAUCCAAAGAUUGGUUUUCAUCCUUUUGCAAGAAAAAAGGGUUUUGAUAGCUCAAUUUUAAUUACAUCUAGUUCUGGUUAUUCUGCCCAACUCGUAGCAUUUCCCCAACCGUCAAUCUCAUUCAAUCGGAAGAAACGAUUUGCUAGACUGAUAAAUUUAGUUCCUAGGGCUUCUUCAUCUAGUUCAACUGGAGGUACCGGUGGUCGAAGAGUUUAUAGACAAUCUCAAGCUGAACCAGCUUUAUCAUCUGUUAGAGUAAAGGAGGCCGUCUCUAUGAUUAUUCCUGCUGGUGUAUUCGUGGUCGUUACGUUCGUUUUAUGGAAGUUGGUCGAAAAAGUUCUUGUGCCAAAACAAGGAAAUACUGCUUCUUCGGCUCCCUCCUCCGGGAAAAGUAAAUUUUCUUUACCCGGAAUAAAGUGGUCAUUUGCUCCUGGUACAAACAUGUCAUCAGGCCUUAGUUUCACGGAUGAGACGGACCGUAGGAUGAAGAAACAAAUGCUCAAUGACUUUGCUAAAGAACUGAAGUCAUUCAGAAGUGUUAACAUGUCAGGUCUCAGAUUUGGAGACGAUGGGCUCUUCUUUCUAGCCGAAAGCUUAGCCUACAAUCAGAUUGCCGAGGAAGUAGAUUUUUCCGCGAAUGAUAUAACUGCAGCUGGACUGAAAGCCUUUGAUGGUGUUCUUCAAUCAAAUAUCGUAUUGAAGACCCUUAAUCUUUCUGGAAAUCUUAUUGGGGAUGAAGGAGCUAAGUGUUUGUGUGAUAUUUUAUUGGGCAAUAGCAGUAUUCAAAAGCUCCAGUUGAACAGUGCUAAUGUUGGAGAUGAGGGAGCAAAGGCGAUUGCAGAGUUGCUGAAGAAAAAUACAAGCUUGCGGGCUAUUGAGCUUAACAAUAACUUAAUUGAUUACUCUGGGUUUACAAGUCUUGCUGGAGCUCUUCCUGAGAAUAACACUAUUCAGUCGAUACAUCUUAAUGGAAAUUAUGGUGGAGCUCUUGGAGCAGCUGCACUUGCUAAAGGGAUUGAGGGGAACAAGUCUUUGAGGGAACUCCAUGUGCAUGGAAAUGCUAUUGGUAAUGAAGGGGUUCGGGCUUUAAUGACUGGUUUGUCUGCACAUAGAGGCAAAAUCACCCUUCUGGACAUUAGCAACAAUGAAAUCGGUCCAAAAGGGGCCUACCAUGUUGCUGAGUAUAUCAAGAAAAGCAAAAAUUUGUUGUGGUUGAAUCUGUAUAUGAAUGACAUCAGUGAUGAGGGAGCUGAAAAGGUUGCAGAUGCUUUGAAGCAAAAUCGCUCGUUAACUGCCAUAGAUUUGGGGGGGAAUAAUAUCCACACAAAGGGGGUUACUGACGUUGCCCAAGUUCUAAAAGAUAAUUCACUCAUUACAUCUCUAGAACUUGGGUAUAAUCCCAUUGGACCAGAAGGAGCGAAGGCUCUUGCCGAAGUUCUUAAGUUUCAUGGAAAGAUAGAGAUUCUCAAACUUGGUUGGUGUCAGAUUGGAGUAAAAGGUGCAGAAUAUAUUGCGGAUGCUUUGAAAUACAACACAACCAUUUCGACGCUUGAUCUACGGGCGAAUGGCCUUGGAGAUGAUGGUGCGGCUUGUUUGGCGCGCAGCUUGAAAGUGGUUAAUGAAGCUCUAACAUCACUCGAUUUAGGCUUUAAUGAAAUAAGGGAUAAAGGAGCCUUUGCGAUUGCUCAAGCACUUAAAUCAAAUGGCGAUAUAACAAUCACAUCUAUGAACUUCGCCAGCAACUUUCUUACAAAAUUAGGACAGGUGGCUUUGACAGACGCAAGAGAUCAUGUAUACGAGAUGACUGAGAAGGAGGUCAACAUUUUUUUCUGAACCCUUGCACUCAGUAGAAGAGAAGUUCCAUUUUUAUGUAAAUACCUUAAUUUUUUGAAGCAAAGGAAAUGAAAAUGAGAUUAUAAAAGUUUGAGGCUAGUUUUAGGAGUCCACAACACAUGCAAGUUCGAUCCUCUUUUUUGUUCCAGCGGCUGAAUUCUUUGUAAUGCUCGUAUUGGUACAGCAAAUGGCUUGGGAUUUUUGUCACUGAGAAAUCCUCUUUAAAUGAUACAAACUCAUUUCAUCUUUGAAAUAUUUUUCCA